AUGCAGCUAACAAAUUAUCUCCAGUUGACACUGGCGAUACUCAAGCCACACAUCGUUAAAUCCCCAUUCGCUCUUCAGAAGAUUCGCGAUUUAAUAAUUGACAAUAAUUUCAAAGUUGUCAGAUCGCGCAGGGCGACGAUGUCUCGCGAGGAGGCCGAACUGUUUUACAAAGAGCACAGGGACAAGUUCUUUUACAAUCGUCUGUUGACUUUCAUGUGCAGCGGUCCGUCUGACAUUUACAUUCUGGCGCGUCAUGAUGCUAUUACGAAGUGGCGUCAGCUGAUGGGCCCCACCAAAGUCUAUCAAGCACAAUAUAUCGCACAAAAUACUAUUAGAGGAAUGUUUGGCCUCUCGGAUACGAGAAAUGCCACGCACGGAUCUGAUUCGACUGAAUCCGCAAAAAGGGAAAUAAUGAUAUUUUUUAAAGACUUUAAUAUAAACAAGUGGUAUAAUAACGAGGAGAUAUUUUAUAACUUGGGAAGAUUACAUUUUGAUCCAACAUCCUUCGUGCAUACCAUUGACAAGACUUGA